AUGAGCAGCGCGUUUUGGGAGUUGUUUUGCGUGGAGCACGGAAUCGGUCCGGACGGCGCUUCCAUCACCCUCGACGGGCAACCCAAGGCGGACUUUGGCGAGGGUCGGCAUGUUUUCUACGAGGAAACUGACUGUGGCGGUUACAGUCCAAGGACAGUGAUUUUAGAUUCUGAACCACUGGUAAUCGAUGAAAUAAGAACGGGUAUCUAUCGAACUCUUUUCAAUCCCCGCCGACUAAUAAGUGGAAGUGACGAUGCAGCGGGAAAUUAUGCCAGGGGAUUUCAUCACCUGGCUACUCAACACUCCACCAAAUUCGACGAUAGUCUUCGUCGAGUGGCCGAGGCCUGCGAUAUGUUGGAUGGGAUCUGCUUCUUCCAUUCCUACGGUGGAGGAACUGGUUCGGGCCUAAUGAUGGCCUUGUACGACCCAAUAGACGAAGAGUAUCCGAAGUCCACAAUAUUUGACUUUGGAGUUUACCCAGACUGCGACCAGGCAUUCUCAGUGCUUGAGCCCUACAACGCCGUCCUUGGGGCCUCCAGUCCUUGCAAGCCCGAUUGUAUUUCCCUCAUCUUCCACAAUCGUGCAAUAAUCAACAUCUACGAAAGAGAAGUAGCCAUCUCCAACGUCACAUACUCCCAUCUAAAUCGACUUGUUGCGCAGGUCUUUAGUGGACUCACAGCUGGUCUGCGGUUCCAAGCCUCACUGACGUCGGGUUUGGGCGAACUCCAAACUAAUUUGAUACCCUAUCCAACCAUGCACUAUUUAAUGUGCAGCUUCUACCCCUUCAUGAGUCCUGCUAUCUACGAUGCUACAAGUAAGCCAAAGACCGAGGUAUUUAUUUCAUGUGAGAAUCCAUCCCAGAUCCUUACGAUGCAGUUUGGCAACUUCAGUCUUUUAAUUAUUACAGAGUUGGCAAAUGAAACAAUGCUAACAGAGGUCCUUUCCGAUCGGUUCCAAUUAGCCCUCAGUGAUGCCACUUUCGAGGAUUCCGUGAUGCUGUCGUGUGCUUUACUCUUCCGAGGCGACGUCUCCCCAUCUGGAAUCAACUCCGCCGUUGAAGAGCUCAAACGGUCCCACAAAGUCACAUUCGCUGACUGGUGUCCCUGUGGAUAUAAGGCAAGCAAGAGAUGCUGCUUGCAGCCCAUGUCAGUUAUCAAGGCCACGGGCAUGGUUUCAACACCACGGUGCAUCACGUCCCUGUAUAACGGAACUCUUGUUAAGUCAACCCUAACUGGCAUUGGGGAUCAGUUCAUCGUAAUGAACAAUAAGAAGGCCUUCUACUACUGGUAUCUCUGUGAAGGCAUGGAAGAGAAUGAGUUCCAGGAAGCGCUGGACGACUUUCAGUCUUUGAUGGGUGAUUACGAAAUUAUUGAUCAGGCGGCAAAGAGCGCUCUUAAUAAGGUAGGUUGCAGUAUUAAAAACGAAUUGACUUUAAAAACGAUAAAAAUGAUCUGUACAUUCAUUAUGCUUCCGAAAUAG